CAUAAAUUCACUUUUUUAAAAUUUUUUUUUUACUAAUUUUAUGAAAUUUCAAAAUGUAUUGUUUACAGUUGUCAACUGAGAAGAAUUGGAUAGCACUUUUUAUCUUUUGAAUGACUAAUAUAAAUAAUUUCAUUAAUAUUUUUUGCCAGAAAAUGUAUUUUCUGGUGGAAUUUAUUGAAAAUAAAAGUAUGAACAUUGUUCCUGAGACUUGGAUUGAGGAUGGCAUGACAUGGUGGCCCAACUACACAAAAGAUGACAGGAUCAACCGAGCUAUUCAAAAAAAAGAAAUUCCUGGGGAUGGCUGGACUCGCCAUGAUGUAAGAAUUUUGAUAAAAACAGAUGACUAUUUGAAAGCUCGCCAGAAAUACAAACAAUCACUUCACUGCACAACAUCAGACUUGCAGUCUGAUGCUGGAGAGGAUAUGCAGUCAUUAUUAAAGCGUAAAAGAAAAAGAGUUACAAAAACACCUUUUGGUGAUAAUGACAGUGAUGAUGAUGAUGAUGAUGAUCGGGUCACAAACAGUGCGAGGAACCUGAAGAGCAAGCAAAUGUCCUCAUUGCUGCCUGCAGCACCAGCCAUCUCAGCCCUACCAGUAUUUGUGGAUUCAAGUGCUCCUACAUCUGUGGAUGUGGAUGUGACAUCUCAUAACUGCUUGUAUAGUCCACCCACCAUUACCAUGCCAUCACCUGUCAAACAAGGACUAAGAGUUGGGCAACAAUCUUCCCGACCCCAUCUGUUCACUCCAUCAUACAGUUUAGGAAUUGGACGGUAUGGAAAUGAAUCCAUUCCAUGUACUGCUGCAGAACUCUACAUCAUGACAAUGAUGGAAAAUGUACGACAGCACCAGAUACAGCAGGCUGUUACAUUAAAUAAUGUGCUGAGCCUGCUGCAAUCAGGUUCAAGCACCGUGGACCCGAGUCCCGAGCUACCAGAGGAAUUUAUAUUCCCUUUAAAGGACAUAAAUGACCUAGAUCAUUUUGAGGCGUGGCUCAAAAAUUCUGAAAACAAAGCUUCUAAACAAAAAAUGAUAUCAUUCUUGGCAACAAUUGGAGGGAGUGACUGUAGAAACACAGUCUGGAAUAUAUUGAAUCAUGUUAUACACAAUGAUCUUGCGAAAAAAAUUAAUUGGAAGGGAGUAAAUGAAAAAAGACCAUUCAAGAACUUGAUUGUCAAAUCAGUUAUUUUACGUGCAGUAAGAAGAAAUCCCUUGGCAGCAAAGGCCACUGAUAAAGAAAUUGAACAUUUUAUUAUAAGAUGGUUCAAUCUUUCAUCAGACAGAGGUGGAGGUCGGAAGGCUAGGGAAAUUAACAAAUUGCAGAGAGAGGCUGCAUCCACAUCCCACUCUACAAAUACUGCUGAGGACAGUGAAUAAGUAAUUAAUCACUAUAAGGUUUUUAUAAAUUUUCAGUUCUUUAGUGCUGCAUUUUCAAGGACACUACUAAUUAAGAGA